AUGAGAUUUCUUUCAUUAUACUCAAUUGUCUUCUUCUUCUAUCUUAUCUAUAACUUUUUCUUCCUAUUUCUCCCUUUCCUUCUCUUUCUACCUUCUUUUCCACUCUGCUUCUUGCUCUCUCCUACCCUUUCUCUCCCACAAAGUCUUUCAUUCCCUCUUCAGUUCUUUCUCUCUUCAAUAUUCCCCUUCAUCACCGCCAUGUUACGACAAGCUAGCUGUUUAUCUAUUUCAGCCCACUUUAUAUCUAUCUAUCUAGCUAGCUACCAGUUUGUUCAUAUCUAUCUCUCUAUCUGUUCAAAUCUAUCAGUUUGCUCAUAUCUAUCUAUCUUUCCAUCAGUUUCUUCAUAUCUAUCUUUCCAUCAGUUUCUUCAUAUCUAUCUUUCCAUCAGUUUCUUCAUAUCUAUCUUUCCAUCAGUUUCUUCAUAUCUAUCUUUCCAUCAGUUUCUUCAUAUCUAUCUUUCCAUCAGUUUCUUCAUAUCUAUCUUUCCAUCAGUUUCUUCAUAUCUAUCUUUCCAUCAGUUUCUUCAUAUCUAUCUUUCCAUCAGUUUCUUCAUAUCUAUCUUUCCAUCAGUUUCUUCAUAUCUAUCUUUCCAUCAGUUUCUUCAUAUCUAUCUUUCCAUCAGUUUCUUCAUAUCUAUCUUUCCAUCAGUUUCUUCAUAUCUAUCUUUCCAUCAGUUUCUUCAUAUCUAUCUUUCCAUCAGUUUCUUCAUAUCUAUCUUUCCAUCAGUUUCUUCAUAUCUAUCUUUCCAUCAGUUUCUUCAUAUCUAUCUUUCCAUCAGUUUCUUCAUAUCUAUCUUUCCAUCAGUUUCUUCAUAUCUAUCUUUUCCAUCAGUUUCUUCACAUCUAUCUUUCCAUCAGUUUCUUCAUAUCUAUCUUUCCAUCAGUUUCUUCAUAUCUAUCUUUCCAUCAGUUUCUUCAUAUCUAUCUUUCCAUCAGUUUCUUCAUAUCUAUCAAUCUGUCAGUUUUAUUCAUAUGUAA